AUGCCUCAGCUCCUACAAAGUGUCAUCUGUGUCAUCGAGACUUUCCAAAAAUAUGCAAGAAAGGAGGGUGAUUGUUGGACACUAAGCCCAGGACAGCUAAAGCAGCUCCUCCUGGGGGAGAUUGGAGAUUUUCUGAAGCCAUUCAAUAUUCUUACUGCAGGAACCAACUUGAAUCUUCUGGAUAAAGUCGGCAAUGAGACCAUCAGCUUCGAUGAAUUUAUUCUCCUGGUCUUUGAGUUGUUGAAUAUAUGUUACCAGGACAUGCAGUCUUUCUUAAAUACGGAAUCUAAACCAGCAUCUAAUGCAGAGGAAGAGUUGUCAGAAGGCAUGGAAACAUGGGAAACCAGUGGGGACUACCAAGAAGAAGCAGGACUAGGGCAAUAUGAGCAAAGACUGACGGGAACUGAAUCUACAUCUCUGGUCAGCCCCAUAGAAAAAGUACCUGACACACUGACCAAGGAGGAGCAUCAGGAUGACCUUGAGACUCCCAGAUUACUGGGAAGAGAAGUUGAACACAACCACCCCAAGAGUCCAUCCCAAGGUGAAGAAGAUGGCCAUAGCCAAGAAAGAACCCAACAAAUUCAAACAACAGGAAGUGAUGGAGUCCCACCAGAAGAAAUAAAGCCACCAAAGGAAUUUGUGAAGAGAGCCUGUUCUCAAAAGGGUGAAAAGAUAGUAAAUGAGGGACAUGAAGUGCCCAGAGAGCUAGGUGGCACAGACACAAGAGAUCACCCAUCAGACCAGGAAAGGGAACAAAAUAUGGAGAUUCAGAGUGUACACACAGAAGAAAGGGCACAGAGAACAUCUGAGAGUCAGGGAGGGACCAUUAUUAAGGAGUCUGGGGAGCACAUUGAGACACAAGGACCAUCAUCCCAAGAAAAUUGUGAGAAUGAAUCAGAGACAGAUGACCUGCCAACAGAGAGGACUGAGGAAAAACUACCUGAAACUGAGAGAUUACUGGAAUACAGGGAUGAAGAUGGAACUGCAGAUAUCCAAGAACCACUAGUACAAGGAAGAGAAAAUGAAACUCAAGACAUGCUAGCCAAAGGUGAUGACUGUAGAGUCCAAGAGAUAGAAGUACUUAUUGAUGAGAGGAAGGUGAAGAGAAAAUUUGAAAAGUCAGACACAGUUGGGCAAAAGGAAAAUGAGAAAAACAAUCAGAAGGAAACCUUCACAGAACAAGAGCCUGAUGGGAAGGAAAAGCAGCUUGAAGGACUAGCAGAAGAAGGGGACAUUAGGAAAGACCCUGGAACCCCAGACUUAAAAUCUGGAGAUGAUCAGAACCACCCUGAAGACAAAGGACCAGCAGCCUCAAAGGAGGAGGUUACAGUUUCUGAAAAAAGUGAACCAGAAUUCCCAGGAGAUGAUAGGAGUGCCUCUGUGGCAGAGAGGACACCAGAAACAAAAGGCAGGGUGCAAGGAUCAGUACCACAGGAUGACCAGUCUGAAGGAAAAGAUGAGACUCGGACUCUGGACCAACCAAUUGAACAAUAUAGUGGACACCAGCUAAAGAAUCAGAAUGAUGGGACACUCUCUGAAACAUCCAAUAAUCCGGAAGAUGAUGAUAGUGUCUCAGAGCCAAGAGAUCUACCUGCACAAAGAAACUCCCAGAGUCAAAUGGAUGCCCAGGAACAACCUGAGCAAGGAGAUGGCAGGAAUACUCAGGAAUCCCCAGUACUAGGUGACAAAAGUAGAACCCCAGAGACAGAGGUGCCAAUAGAUAGAGAAGACAAUGAGAAUAUCACAGAAGAACAAGAACAGCUGGCCCGAGAAAAGAAGAAAUCAUCAGGAGUUAAAACACCAGCCACAACCGAGGAGCCUGAUAGUCAGCCAGGGUCUCAGGGAUCCAUGAAACAAAAGGUAACAGCAACAUCCCCAAAGACAGAGGUCAUAGAUCCCACAGAUGAUGAUGAUGAUGGGCAGCAAGCAGAGAAAGACCACAGGAAAGGACUAGAGGCUCAUGGCCCAGAUUCAAAAGAAGAAGAGGAAGAGUCUGAGAGCCAAGAGGCCCUAUUAGAAGGUCAAGACCCAGAAACACAAGGUCUCACCCUGGAUGCAAGUUCUGAUGCCCUGAAUCCAGUAACAAAGGGAGACAAAAGCUCCCAGAAGUCAGUAGGAGAAGGAAAUGAACAACAUGUGGCCAAUAAAGAGGAUGACUCUUCAUCAGGGCUCUCAGAGCUCGUAGAAAGGAAAACUUCUUCAUCCUCAGGAGAUGAGGUACAUUCCAACCCAAUAUAUGAAGAUUUGCAGAAGACACCUGCACAGUCUGACCUCCCAGCCCCAGAAGAGCACUUAGAUCAGAGUGAUUCAUCUCAGGCAUCUGGUCCGAAGUUGAGGGUCAAGAAAGAACCUCAGAAGAGUGAAACCUCUGACUGCCCAGCCCUGCUCAAUCCACUCUGUGACUACAGACCAAAGCCAAGGCAUCAAGUAGGAGACCCUGAGCCUGAUGAAGAAUAUGGCAACCAACAAGAGACCCUAGCAUCUCACUCACAGGAAGAUGGCCAGUCUCAGCAAAAAGACCAACGACAACAAAGGGAUGGCCACCCCCAAAAAUGCUGA